AGCGGCUGGGCGGGCACGCCCCCCCGUCCGCGGCCCCCUCCCCGCCUUGCUCCGCCACUGUUCUCGCUCCCCGGUCAGAGGGCCGGAGCGAGAAGAUGGCGAAGACGUACGACUAUCUGUUCAAGCUGCUGCUGAUCGGCGACUCGGGGGUGGGCAAGACCUGCCUCCUUUUUCGCUUUUCGGAGGACGCCUUCAACACCACCUUCAUCUCCACCAUCGGAAUUGAUUUUAAAAUCAGAACGAUAGAACUGGAUGGAAAGAAAAUUAAGCUUCAGAUAUGGGACACAGCUGGUCAGGAAAGAUUUCGAACCAUCACUACAGCAUACUAUAGAGGAGCCAUGGGAAUUAUGCUGGUCUAUGACAUCACAAACGAAAAGUCCUUUGACAAUAUUAAAAACUGGAUAAGAAACAUUGAAGAGCACGCCUCUUCAGAUGUUGAGAGAAUGAUCCUGGGUAACAAAUGUGAUAUGAAUGACAAGAGACAAGUGUCAAAAGAACGAGGCGAGAAGUUAGCAAUUGACUAUGGGAUUAAAUUCCUGGAGACAAGUGCAAAAUCCAGUACAAAUGUAGAAGAGGCAUUUUUUACACUUGCACGAGAUAUAAUGACAAAACUCAACAGAAAAAUGAAUGACAGCAAUUCAUCAGGGGCAGGUGGACCAGUGAAAAUAACAGAAAACCGAUCAAAGAAGACCAGUUUCUUCCGUUGCUCUCUACUUUGAUGAACUUUCUCUGAGAGACUGCAGCACACCUGGAGGACACGCUCCUGCUUCUCUGAAAGCACAGGCCACCCAGCCUCAGAAUCUCACCGCCAGGCUGCUGCUGAGAGCACCCCUGACCCCAGGCCUCCCCGCGUGGAACCGAGGGGAUGCCAGCCUCCUGGCCUCUCAAGAUAGCAGGCUCCUUUGUUCAAACCUGGAAGCAAUGAUAUGGAGACACACGCAAGACUUGUUUUUUUUCCUUUGUUUUACUGCCUGUUGCAGAAGCUGCUCUUUCUUUUCCACUUUGCACAUCAGUGUUAGCCUUUUCCUGUUAUCGACCAGUCUGUGCACACUUUUGACUCAUGAAGUUCUAGGCAAAUUUGUGCUUUGGGGAAUAUUUAAAAAAAGAGGAAAACUUUUGAAGCAGAGGUCAAUAUACUAAAAUUAAAGGACAUUUGGUCUGGUUCAUAUGGCCAGGUGUUACUGCAUUCAUAGCAUUUCUUUAAUGGCUCUGAUUUGUGAUUUUCUUAAAUAAGAAUCAUUAAAUUCUGGUAAAAUUUAUCUUAAAAAUUCAUAAAAAUGUCCAUCUAUUCAUCAGAGGCCAUAAUUUCUUUAUUUCUUGUUGAGCGUUUUGCUUCAUUCCUAACCUUUUUGCCGGAGAGUCUGGGUAGCUUGAUAAAUCACUUUUUCAGUUAAUUCACUCUGCCUGAUAUAUAAAAAAACUGCAUUGGGAAAUGACCUUAACCUCACUUUUCCUGGGGUGUGUUUUUGCUAUCUUUUCCUAUGUUUGACCUAUUGUAAUCACUCAGUUAUCUAAAACAUAACAUAUUUGACCACUGUUGUCUGCUCUAGUUGUGAACUUCUUGAGCUGAAAUUUUACAUGGGCAGAAAGGUGUACCAUUUAGGGUUUUAUUUCAGUGUCUAAAUGUGGUUCCGUCACAUCAGCACACAUAAUGUAUUUUUUCUUAGGUUUACUCCUUAGCUUGCUGGUGUAGUUGUAAUACUGAAUUCUUACCGUAAUCCCUGUCUACAAGAGUUAACAAGAGUUAGGUUUAGAUUUUAGUUCACAGAAAGCUUACCUGUAAGGAGAGAGACUAACUUGUUAAUAUACAUUUAGUACGGAUAGCUCUUGGUAAUGGUGAAGACAAUAAUUUUUGUUCUGUUUUCACUUGGGUUUGUUUUUUUUUUUUUAAUGAAAAUAAUUAGACCUAGUGCAGCCUCUCAGAAAACUCUUGCCUUUUCAUUAGAGAAAAAUAUGAGCAAGAUUUCAGCUUUAAAGUAGUUAUCGUUGAAUGUGUAGAACCCAGUUCCAUCUGUUCAGGUGCAUUGUUAAGAGAACUUGGUCUAGUCAUUUGGGCCAAAGCCAACCAAAAGCCUAGCUGCUCUUCUUAUGAAACACUGGUAUUGGUAGAACUUUUGUAGAUGAAACCAUCACAUAAGAAAGGUACUUAGUGUUAACUUAUGUGCCAAAUUAAGACCAUUAUGUCACUGCUUUUAUUCUAGCCUUCAGUGUCAUAACACAGAAGGGAAUAAUAAAGAGGUGAUGAAGGAAAUGAAUUGUUAAAAAUUACUCUUCCUCUUAGGCCUGUUUUGUUUCACAAAGUUUACUAUCGUGCUUGAAAUUAAGAAUGGGAAAUGAAAGUAGAGACAGAUUGCUUGUUACCACAGAAAAUUCUGCUUCGAAUUCAGAUGUAUCAUUAGAAUGCUGGGACCAUUCAACCUUUACUACUUGUUUGAAAACUUAUGCACAAUUUAGCCGCAGCAAAUAUUCCAGAGCUAUUUUUGAUGGAUACACUAAACUUAUUGUUAACGAAUUUUAGCCUUAAAGGCACCUUUGGUGUCCCAGUAUAGUCAAGUAGUCCCUUCACUGAAAGUUGAUUGCAAGUCUACCAUCUUAAAAUUAAAUACAUUUUUGGAAAGAAAAAAUAACUUCUUAGAAACAUUUUAUAUUCACUACUUUUCUGAAAAAAAGAUCCAAGCAGUUAAGCUUUCUGGAGGGUAACAAAGUAGUUUCUAAAAGGCAAGUGCUUUGACACCAUGUAUGAAUGUAAUUCUCUUAGUAAUUUACCUCUGACUAUUUGGUGUCUUAACACUUUGAUUUAUAUCUCAGGGGUUGUCUGCAAACCAAAACUGAUGUAUUCUGU